UAUAUGUCCAAACAUGAGUUGACAUUUCACAAAAAUAUCUUACUUAUCCUAAGUUCAUUUUUUGAGAUAACCCUUGUUAAUGGAUGAGCUUGCAUUCUUAAUGGAUUGGGAUUUUGAAGCUUUCAAUGAACCCCCAACAACCAAUAAUCCUUAUUAUUUUUCUCAACAAGAAAAUGAAUUAUUUGGUAAUUUUCCAGAAUUCUCACAAACCACCAAUGUCUUUAUUGAUGAACUUGAACAAAUUUCCAAACCUUUUUACCCUCUUUCAUCACAAACCAAUAUAGUUACAAAUUCUCUAACUAUCCCUAAAGAAGAACUCAAAGAAAUUAAAGCCUCGGAGAGAAUAGCUUCUCAAGAUUUGCAAGUUCCCGCAGCAUCUAAAUGUAAAAGAAGCAAGAAAAAACAGAACAAGAAUAUUGUUAAAAAGGUUGUUGCAGAAGAUGGUGUACUUUGUGAUGCAUGGUCAUGGAGAAAAUAUGGACAAAAACCAAUAAAGGGUUCACCCUAUCCUCGAAGCUACUAUAAAUGUAGCACUUCCAAAAAAUGUUUAGCAAGAAAACAAGUUGAAAAAAGCCAUUUGGAUCCAAAAGUUUAUUUAGUUACAUACAAUGCAGAACAUAAUCAUCCACAACCAACUAGAAGAAAUUCAUUAGCAGGAAUCACUAGGAAGAACAAUGUCUUAGUUACAAAUUCUUCAAGAAAAUUAAUUAUUGACCAAAAAACUUGUUCUUUAAAUUCCUCCAUAGCAACUCAUGACUCUCCAAAGACACAUUUGGUGAAAGUUGAAGAUGAGGUACUUGUUACAAGUGUGCAACAAAGUAAGGGAUUGGUGAAAUAUGAGGAAGAUCAUGAUCUUCUAGAGUGGUUGAAUAGUGCUCAAUUAAGUGAUGAUGGUUGGAUUCCAAGCAAAGAGUUAGAUGAAUUUAUUGGACUAGAGUAUCAAUCACAUGCAUAGAUAUAGAUAUAUCGUAUGAUAUGGCUGCGCAGUUUCAUGGAUAUAUUUAUAUAUAUAUAUAUAUAUAUAUAUAAAAAUGGUUUUGAUGACAGUUAGGUUCCUUAAACUAUGUUUGGAUUUCAUAGAGAAUGAUGAAAUUUAAUAGAAUGAGAUGUUAUUAGAUUUUGUUGUUUAUAUGUGUUUAGAAUAACAUUAACACAAUUACAAAGACUAAUAUUUUUGAGGAUAUGAA